CGGGACGUAGAACGGAGCAUGUUGGUAUCCAGAAUCCCUCCUCUACGCAAAAGUCACAUUUGUUGCCAUUCAAUCAAAUGUACAGAGCCUGCAUGGGAUUCAUAUGAAAAAACCCCAAAGAGGCUCGCUGUCCACACAGUGAAUGAGAACAUAAAGCCUAAACAUGGUGAGGCUAGAGCUGGAUCAAGUGGUGAUGAGGAGAAUGAAGGAGGACGACAUAGAGAUGGUCAAAGCCCUUAUCAAGGAGGGCUGCGAGGGCACAGAAAACCGUCUCAUCCUCCACAUCCUCACUCGUCCACUCUGUCUCUUCAUCCUGGCUGUUUUCUCCUCAAUCCUGCGAUGCCUUGUCCAUUCUUUCAUCCUUGCACUUGCUAUUCCUGUCUUCCUGCUGAUUAUCUAUCUCAAAAUCACCAUGCCCCGGUCCACAGGGGUUCUGGGCAGCAGCCUCCCCUACUGGGACUAUGUGGGUAGCAGCUACAGAGGGACACAGGAGGAGACACUGCAGAAUCCCUACUGUAGGAUAAGUGGCAAGACCCCAGUGACUAAAAAGCCAAGACGCAGAAUCGGACUCAAAGACAAAGAUGUGUCAACAGAGAAGAUCUCCCCUGAGAGGGAGCAGGCAGCAGGGCAGGUCUGGGUAGCAGACUGUGACGGGGAGAUUGUCGGCUGCAUCUUCCAGGAAGGCGAGAAUCGACCAAACAUCAGGAGGAUCUGCAGGUUGGUGACAGGCUGCUGGUACCGCAGAGAGGGCUUGGGCAGGCUGCUUGUCCAGAGUCUAGAGCAGAAAGAGAGGGAGACUGAAGCAUACCGAGUAUAUGCACAUGUACCCUUCCCUUCAAAAGUAGCGGAGGUCUUUUUCAGGAAGCUGGGCUAUGUACAGCUUGGAGAGGGGCCUGAUGGAGAAGAUGAUGAUGAUGAUGAGGAGAAGAAGCUCGAGACACCAGAGAGAGGCUUAUUGGGACACCCCCUCACCAAGGUGUUUACAAAGACCUGUGACUGGUUAAUGAUGGACUCGUGGAGAAUAAGUGCCAGAGGAAUGCUGAAGAGACAAGAAGACGUGUGUGCACACUGAUGAUCUCUGCUGAAAGUGUCAUCGCUGCAACAUGCUUGAGUUUUUGUUUGAAUUAAUUAUUUAUUGAAUUUAUGUGUUAUUUAUACCAGUAUUUAUUAACAGUAUUUUUGUGUUGCUGUUUUGUUUGGUUAAGGUUUACCUUUGUAUCAAAAAGGUACCACCUCCCCAUGUUCUAUUUAAAAUUUAGAACAUGCUUUUCUCCCACCAGGACUAAUUAAAAUAUUUAUGAUAAAAGUUUGUUUCUUAAACAUGUGUAUGUGAGGCUUUUUUCUCAAACAAUCAACCGCAGUAUAUAGUGUGUGUGUGUGUUAAGGUAUAUGUAUAUGCAACCAACCAUACAGAUUGGUAGGAGGAAAUACAGUUACUGUAUAGGAAGUAUGUGUGGUUUAUGUGAAUCUGCAGAAUUUCACUGCUUUCAUGUCUCUGCGCUCGCCUGUUGCUGUCGCCCUACUUCAAGUACAGUAUGUGGCUCCAUGAGUUUGCAGAAACCAGCUACCUCACUUUUCUUUGACUUUCUACUUCUUUCAUUCGGUUUUCUUUGUCAUUUUUGUUAUAUUUAACUGUGCAAAUUCCAAACUCUGCAUUUCUUAAUUUGGUUUUUGAUAGUAUUUGUACAUUUGUUACAUAAUUUGUGCUGAUAAUGUAACUUUAGCAAUUGAUUUACUAGAAAUAAAUCAAUGAUAUUUUUUAA